ACUACUAUCAGUUGCGCGCUCUUUCUAACACCGAGUACAGCGUGUCCAUAAAAUUUGUACCCUCUUUAUGUGAUAAACACAUUUUUCUAAUAGUUCUAUCAGUUUGAAUUAAAUUUUCUUCAGUUGAGUUCAGUGAUAUAAAUAUAAUCAAAGUGAUUCGAUGGAAACGAUGUCCGUGGAUCUUACAGUUUUUGAAGAAAAGAAAUUCUUGUUGGUGCGAAAUGAGUCUAAACGCGUCCACGUGUCCGCUUGCCAAAAUUAGGAAAGGCGACAAACUGAAGCAUCUACAAACGCAUAACGAUUGUCUUCUUCUCUGAGAAUAUCUUCCAAGGAAAAAGAAGUGCCACGUCUUCUUCGUUUCUCCUCACGUUGACUCUUCCUUGUCUUCUGUAACUUCUGCAAAAUUCUGCUUACUUCUCUUUAUCGCCAUCUAGUUCCUAUUCAGCUCUUAAAUAUUUCGACUUACUCCACGCUUCCCAACGACACAUAAAACCAAUAACAAGAAGAAAUGGCUACGAUGGCUGGCGGAGAAUACACAUCCGUCAAAGACUUCUACCGAGAUCGAUCGAUCUUCAUCACUGGAGGUACCGGGUUCAUGGGCAAGGUCCUCGUUGAGAAGCUUCUUAGGUCCUGUCCUGGAAUUAAAAAUAUUUAUCUUCUUAUGAGGCCCAAAAGAGGACAAAAUGUCCAGCAAAGGUUACAGGAACUUCUCAAUGCACCUUUAUUCGCACAGAUUCGUCGGGACUCGCCCCAUGACUUGCAGAAAAUUGUACCAGUUGCCGGCGACGUUACAGAACCGGAACUCGGGAUCUCGGAAGCGGAUCAAGAUCUCCUCAUUCAUUGUGUGUCAGUCGUAUUCCAUUCCGCAGCUACCGUCAAAUUCGAUGAAGCCUUAAAAUUGUCCGUCACCAUUAAUAUGCUCGGCACGAAACGUCUUGUCGAACUUUGCCAUCGUAUGCACAAUUUAGAGGCUCUUAUUCACGUGUCGACGGCUUAUUGCAACUGCGAUCGAAUUGAUGUUGAAGAGGAAAUUUAUCCAGCCCCUUUCGAUCCAGAACAAAUAAUUGCUUGUACCAAGUGGAUGGACGAUAAGCUCGUCGAGGAACUGACACCAAAGCUCAUUGCGGGAAGGCCAAACACCUACACUUUUACGAAAGCCUUGGCAGAGAGGAUGCUCCUGCGAGAAAGUGGUUCCUUGCCAGUUGCCAUCGUUAGACCUUCGAUCGUCCUCUCAUCGUUCAGGGAACCAGUGGCUGGUUGGGUUGAUAAUUGGAAUGGACCUACUGGAAUCAUAGCGGCUGCUGGGAAAGGAUUCUUCAGAACAAUGUUGUGCCAUCAAGACAAGGUCGCUGAUUUGGUCCCAGUCGACAUCGUCAUCAAUUUGAUGAUUUGUGCGGCAUGGAGAACCGCCACUCAUCGCAGCGACAGCAUCACGGUCUACAAUUGUUGCACCGGCCAGCAAAAUCCAAUAACUUGGAAAGAGUUCGUGAAUUUGUCCUUCAAGUAUAGUCGAAUACACCCAGUGAACGACGCGGUCUGGUAUCCGGGCGGUCGUUGUCGAAGUUCCGCUCUCCUGAAUCGAAUAUGCGUCACUUUCCAGCACAUGGUGCCAGCUCACAUCCUGGACUUCCUUGCCAGGCUCAAAGGUUCGAAACCUAUAAUGGUACGCGUCCAAGCUAAGCUCGACAAAGCGGCCACAUGUUUAGAGUAUUUUAGUACGCAACAGUGGAAUUUUAAGGACGACAAUGUCAGAAGAUUGGGCGCCCAGCUCAGUUCACAAGAUAGGGAAACUUUCAUGUUCGAUGUCAAGCAGAUCGACUGGCCGUCUUAUCUGGAACACUACAUUUUAGGAAUUAGACAGUUCAUUCUCAAAGAAAGUCCAGAUACACUGCCAGCCGCCCGCUCACAUAUUACCAGAUUAUAUUGGUUACACAGGACAGUGCAAUUUGGAGCGCUCAUAAUACUCCUACGUCUGCUGCUGUCGCGGAGUUCCUUGGCCCAGACAGUGUGGUUUUCGCUUCUGUCUCUGGUUCUUCGGAUGUGCCGGAUGAUUGUUUGACGGCUCAGAACCCUAAACAAUGGUUGCAACAAGCGUGACAAGAAUCAGGAGCUGCCAAGGGAGCAUAAUAACCUUAAGCUUAAGGUACAGAUCGUCCUUGAGACUCACUGCUCAUCAAUCUCCUCGACAACAAGAAAACGCUAUCCUUAUCCCCAUAAGUUGGCCUUCCCGAUGUUCGUGUUCGUUCGUACGUAUUAGCGAGGACUAGAGACGUAUGUUUAUUCGAAGAAUGUCGGUUACCGAACAAGACGUGGCAGCCGAGGAUCCAGGAUUUUAUGCAGAACUAUACAAGUAUACAAGUAUACAAGGAUAUAUGUAAUAUUUUGCAUUUUCCGUAAAUUACACUGUAGAGAAAGAUUUUGCUACUCUUUCUUAUCGAGCCAAAUGAGCGCGAAUCUCUUCCAAGAUACGUAACAACGCUUUCGUGAUAGUCCAGACCUCCUGCACUUUUCACCUCUGAUGUCUCGUCGCCAAAGGAAGAAAUAAAUAAAACGGAAAACAGAGAAAAUAAAGACAAAAAAAGAAGACUAAGAAGAAGAAGAAAGCAGAGGCGCGUUGCGGAUGAAUAGCUGCGGCGCUAUUCGUCGAUGCGAUUGAUCACAUCGAUGAUUUGCACUACGUCAAUUUUUUAUUACGAAACGCUCGUCGGCGAUUCCAGAGAUGAACCUUUUAUAACAAAAAAGUUUUGCGGCGUUUCGGGAAUCCGUCGCAUUCUUUGAUUCUCGGUAUCGGACAUUCUUCCCCUUUUACGGUGAGGUAAGAUACUUAGGAAGAUAUUUUGCUACUUUCAUCAUAUCGUGCGUAGGCUAAUUUUUAGAAAGCAGGAAGAAGACGCUACAAGCAGAAUUAAUAUAUUAUUUUGCGUAUGUACAUUCUACUUGGUUCCAGCAGUCGUCCGGGCGCUCUGAGCGCCCAAGAGCUGCUACUUGUCGAUGAAAUAUCUCUAUGUAUCUUACACACGUUGAUUAUUAUCUUCAAAAGCUUGACCAGUUUUCAAAGUCUCAAAGGCACCGGUCACUUAUUCUAGUAGUUACAUUAUUUUUCUUGAGUGAAAUACGUGAAAUACAGUAGAAUCUGUGUAAAUAAGAAGCAACUAACCAUUUUAUUGUGUAUUUAUUACCAUCCUAUGAGUUAGCGAACAUUGCCAAAACUAAUUCUAAUAUUUCGAUGUCUUCGAAAGUUCGACGCCAAUUUGAUCGUUUCAUGGCAUUCCAAUCUUUAUUACUUAUUUCUGUAGAUCGAUAGACUCGUUUAUUCGAUGCGCUUCCUAAUAAGUAUCACACGAAGGUUUCAAAUUUUCAAUAUAUUUUAUAUUAAAUAAAUCUUAAUAUAUUUCCUGGUUGGAAAUGUUAUUUAUGAUAUAUUUAUUAUAUAUUCAGCUAUUUCUUAUUAUUGGAAUCUUGCGCUUCGUGAAUUCGAUAACUCAACGAAGAACCUCAAUUUUUUGACUUAGUAACUUGUUAAACGCAGAGGUGGAUCGCGAAAAGUGCAUUUUUGUAGGCAACUGAUUUUUGCUUCCAUCAUCUCUUUAUUUAGUAUUUUAGAACCGCGAUUCAAAAUUCAAAAAUCGUGGUGAGAUUGAGUUUGUGGCGAGAUUGGUUUAUAUCUUGUGAUAUAAUAACUCGAGUUCUUUUGUAUUGUAUUCUUUAAGGUAAGUUUACAGCGAUACGAAAUGAGCAGCAGAGUUGUCAUGUUUUUAAAUUUAAAGCAUGCAUGUACAUUUUUCUUGAUUGUUUAUAAUAAUAAUAAUAAUAAUUUGUGCCACGCGUUUCUGAUGCCUUUGAGAUGAUUCAGCUGAAGAUAUAACUUAAUUAAUUAUUUAAUUUGUACCGAAAGAUAUUCGCCUUAAGCUGUUAUUUAAGUCGGAGCGGGCUUCCCCUGAAUAAAGUGUUUUAUGAUCUCCGUGGUUCGUGUCAACCAGACGGUUUCGAGAUACAAGUUUUCAGAUGUUGAAAAAAGAAACGAAUGAUUUGCUUUUGUCGAAGCAAUACAAAUGAUUUAGCGUAAGGGACUGGUAAAAAGAGGAAAAAAUGAUAACACUAUAAAGGUCACCAGCUAGUCUCGUCCGUAAUUUUACCCGGUCGCAUGAUGCUUACGACAGAAUAUUUAUUAACAUUAUUGAUUUAAUUAAUAUUAUACUGUACUAUUAUAAAAAUACAUUAAAACACGAUGAAACAUUGGAAAAUGAUUUGGUUAAUUCUACCUUUAUAGCCCUUACGCUCAUCGUAGACCGAAAGCUCUCGUUUAUUAUCAGUUUUCGAAUUUUUGUAUAAAUUACAUAUGAUUUGUAUUGUUAUCACUUUUAGGUUUAAAUCGGUUAUUAGUUUGUUUAAUUUAUUACUACAAUUUAUUACUGCGCAAUAUAACACGUACACGAAGGAAUACGAGAUUAUUCAUAAGAAUGUAGUCAUUACAAAUGUAUUGAAUGUAAUGGAUUGUUAUGAAAAUUAUACAAGAGAUUGGUAGUUAUGUCGUUAAA